UCCACCGUGAUGGCAAAACCCUCUAGUACUGGGAGGCUGCUCAGAAUUGGGGCCAUGGUGCUCAUUGGUGGAGCUAUCCUCCUUUUUGGAAUCAUUGGAGCCUUUUACUAUUGGAAGGUGAAUGACAAGGAGGUCUACAAUGUACACUACACAAUGAGUAUUAAUGGUCAAGUACAAGAGGGCUCAAUGGAAAUAGAUGCUGGAAACAACCUGGAGACCUUUAAAACUGGAAGUGGAGAGGAAAAGGCUAUCGAAGUUCAUGAUUUUCAGAUUGGCAUAACUGGAAUCCGUUUCGCUGGAGGAGAGAAAUGCUACAUUAAAGCCCAAGCUAAAACUCACAUCCCUGAAGUCAAUGCAAUGACAAAAGAGAGUCUUUCUUUUGACCUGGAAGAUGAAAUUAUGCCAGCUAAAUUUGAUGAAAACUCUCUGGUCUGGGUUGCUGCAGAACAGCCUAUAAAGAAUAGUAAUUUCCUGAGUCCCAAAAUUUUAGAGCUCUGUGAAGACCUGCAGAUUUUCUGGCUUCGACCGUCCUAUCCAAAAGUUGGGCAAAGAAGAAAGAGAGGGGCUACAAGGAAAGCACGCCAGACUCAGUCCAACUUAGGCCUGGACCAACUUGAACCUGCUGCCGAAGUAGUAACUAGGAGGCCACGUCCGAGCCAGCGGGCUCAGCAGCGUGAACGUCCAUCUAAUGCUACGGGACCUUCUGCACGAGACUCCAGGCCAGCCUUUAAUCCAGAUAAUCCUUAUCAUCAGCUAGAAGGGGGUGAAGGGAUGACCUUUGACCCACGGCUAGAUCACGAAGGUGUCUGCUGUAUCGAAUGUAGACGGAGCUACACACACUGCCAGCGGAUCUGUGAACCUCUCCUGGGCUAUUACCCAUGGCCUUAUAAUUAUCAAGGAUGCCGCUCUGCUUGCCGACUUAUAAUGCCUUGCAGCUGGUGGGUUGCCCGCAUCUUGGGUAUUGUAUGAAGUACAUGAAGCAGUCCUGGACUACAAAACACAAGAUACUUCAAAAAAAAAAUCUGCCCAAAAAUCCUGAUCCUCAGUUUGUAUGCAUG